AGUGGAAUCGCAUGGCUGUUUGUUUACGUCCGCCAAUGGCAAGUGUCGCUGGGCAAGUGGGCUUUAAUAUAUAUGUAUUUUUAUGUAUUCGCGGCGCCUCAGCUGACCGCUCCGUGGCUGACCGAGUGCGCGCAAGUGGACUUCGCCCACAGUAGCGACUCCGGAUCUUCGUUGCAAAUUGACCGCAGACAUGCCUGUCAAGAGGGACGAGAUGUUAGAUGUUUUGUGCAUGGUGUCCAAAGAAGAAAAUUUACGAGUGACACUCAAGCAUUCAGUUAAAGGAGGUCUUAUCACUGGUGCAACUGCAAUGGUAGCCGGUAUUCUCAUGGGACCAAUCGGGCUAGCCGUUGGUGGGGCUCUUGGUGGCUGUGCAGCUGCAAUAAUGAUGCAAGACAAAUUUGUGUCUGCUGCAGAGAUUAUCAGCAACAUGUCUGAUGACCAAAAGGACGACCUCAUCGCUGCUGUUCAGCGAGCUUUCGCUGAAAUUGAAGUUGCAGAUGUGGUGGAGUUGGCAGCUCUCCUAUGUGGUGAUAUCCACAUCAAAAGGCGGAUCAUUCGUGAUGCUGCAUGGGGUUCUGAACUGCCCCUUCAAGAAGAGGCACUCGAAGUACCGGUCGGCUCCCGCAUACGAGUAAUGCAGUGUGGUAAGGAGAAUGCUAUCCUUAGCACACAGUGCAAUGUAGUGCCACAAAUAAGCACCUCCAAAAGCAUGCUAAACACCUUCUUGGAUAGCAACCGAAGAUUGUUCUUUCAUAAAACAUUUUUUCAGUUUCCCGCAUUUGCUUUACAAAUCCACAACUUUUGCAGAAAGCAUUUGCAGCAAAGUGACACUGAUAGAGCAGAGGAAGUGUAUAUUACAGCACAUGUACACAAAUGCAGGAGGCACUCCGUUUUGAUCACGGUGUGCACUGCUGUGGUACAGUGCACAAGGUGAGCCUGACUAAACCAUCGGCAUUUGCCAAUAUACCUAUAUAGACCAUAUAUGGUGCAAGAAAGUCGCUUCCCGCUCAUACCGGUUAGUCUGUAUUUGCAUUUUAAACAACUUAAACAUUGAACUGGUGCACCUAUGUGGUCACAUGGCUUUGGCACAGCUAGCUUGAGCAAUGUGCUACUUUAUGCAACCUUCGUAUGCAAUAUGCCUUGUUUAUGCAUCGCUGUAAAAUUUAUAACAACCAUACCUAGCACAAACCAAGCCACAAGCAAGUUGGUUCCAACUGUCGCCUUUUAAUGCAUUUUGGAACCCAUUUUCAAAUUUCUGUAGUGACAGUAAGAGAGAGAGGCCGAAAUAAACCCUCUUCGUAAUUGUAAAAGUAACGUUCUGACACGACUGUUUGCCAUGGCUGUGCAUGUCCUCUCGUCUCCCUUGUGCUUAAGGUUUAUUAGCCAAGUGCAAAAAGUAUACACAUUUCGCACUUCAUUUAUAUUUGAACAAUGACCAGUGCCAUUAUUAGCUGAGCAAAUGUAUAAUGUGGCUAAGUAUGUUGGUGAAUCAGGAAAGGAGUCUACUAGCUGU